AUGGGUGGUGCCAAAUUUACGACGGCGUUUAUGGGACUCAAGCGUAGUCAACUUCAAGAAAUCGCGCAGAGCACGUUGGACGCGAUUGAGAAUGGCACGGUCACCAUCACUGACAUUUCUCAUGAUCUCGCUGCCAAAGUCAACUUCUCAAAUCAUAACACUCGUUAUUAUGCUCCAGAUUCUUUGCUAUCCACCUGGUCCACCAGUGCUCCACCACGUAAUCUCGCAGCUACAAAAUCUGAGGUGUCCAUCCUAGAGGUUUCGACCCUUGACGGUGCCAGAUUGUUAUUCAAUACUCUUUCAUCUCGCUCCACUAGCUUCGGCAGGAUAGCAAUAUUGAACUUUGCGUCUGCUACACGUCCUGGAGGCGGUUUUCUGAAUGGGGCACAAGCUCAAGAGGAGUCUAUAGCCCGGUCAUCCACACUCUAUCCCUCUCUAAUGACGGACACCGCGCAACGCUUCUACCGACUACAUGUCCGUGAUAGAAACGGAGGGUAUUAUCAUCACGCAAUGGUCUACACACCUUCUGUCGUGAUCUUGAAGGAUGACACAGGGGAUUGGGCGUCGCCUUUCGAAGUCGAUGUUCUAACAAGCGCAGCUGUAAAUGCUGGCGAUGUGAGAAAGAAAGCUGGGGAUGAGCCACAGCCUGCGGGGAUUGAGAUGCCCAUCGAGUCUGCUAUGAAAGAGAGAAUGGGGCGCAUCUUGUUCUUGUUUGAACAGCAGGGUGCUAAGAACAUCGUCUUGGGCAGUUUUGGAACGGGGGUAUUUCAAAAUGAUGUCGAAGUUGUUGCGAGGAUCUGGGCAGAGUUAUUGGCUGUGAAAGGUGCGCGAUACCGGCAUUCGUUUCAUCGCGUAGUAUUCGCCAUCCUUGGGAAGGAUACCUUUACCACUUUCGAGCAAUCAUUCGAGAAGCAGACUAGUACUGAUACCAUAGUCUUCCAUAACUGA